AUGGCUGAUGAAAAGAUUCCGGUUUUUCCAUCUCGAAUGGCUUCUACAACUUUGAGAAACCAAUUGGUUGGGGCACAGAUGGGCUUAAAUCUCCUCAAAAAGAAGUCCGAUGCCCUUAAUCUACACUUUCGUAAAAUUGUGCAGAAAAUUAUGCAAAAGAAGGAGACAAUGGGUGAUGUUAUUCGUGACGCGAAUUUCUCUCUUACUCACGUCAAGUUUGCUUCGCCUUCAAACAUUAUGGCACAUGUCAUGCAAAAUGUAACAAAAGCUCAAGUAAAGGUGAAAGUGAGCUAUACGAAUAUUGCUGGUGUGAAUUUACCUGAGUUUUCCAUGUUCUAUGAGGGAUCUGAUAACUACGAAUUGACCGGAUUAUCGGGAGGUGGUCAACAGAUCGAUAAAUUAAAAAAGACAUAUAGAAAAACGAUAGAACUUCUAGUUGAAAUAGCCUCUCUCCAAUCAUCCUUUUUCAUUCUCGAUGCCGUUAUUAAAACCACUAAUCGUCGUGUCAAUGCAAUCGAUCAUGGUGAGUCAAUUCAGAUUUAUCCUACUUGUUAUUAUUCAAUGUGUGUGUACCACACUUUCCAUUAA